AUGUGUCCAACUUGCAUUAAAGAGGCUUUCAAGGAUCCACACGGGGAAAACUUCAGGUACUGUCCUAUUUGCCGGGAAGCAUGCGCUGUUGAUAUGAUCGAAUCUGUAUGCGGACCGGGUGCAGUGAAGGAGAUGGAACGACAGUUGCGCAACAAAGUAGAAAUAGAAGUCCAGAGAGGGAUGGACAAGAAGCAGGAGGAAAAGCUCAAAAUGAAUGAAAGCAAGCAAGUGGCCUUGAAGCUCUACCAGGAUCUCUGCGAACGAUUGAAUAUGAAAUGUCCGCGAUGUGAAUUGGUCUUUGAUGACUACACAGGCUGUAACGCACUUACAUGCCGAGGUCAGAGCUGCAGAGCCGCCUUUUGUGCCAUCUGCUUGAAGGACUGUGACACGAAUGCCCAUCACCAUGUUCGUACCUGCCACGGGGACCUGUUUGACAAGAAGGCGUUCAAUACGGCGAGAAAGAAGAGAGAAAUCGACACCAUCAACGAUUUUUCGGCCGAAAUCAGCGGAGAGCCACACGAGGUGAAAGAAUUGGUUCGAAUCGAAUUUGAAAAGUCCCAGUCAGACCAAACACAAUAUUGUGAGGGAGGUUUCCCGUUUGCUCCAUUCCUAUCUAGAGCAAAGAGAGAUCUUCUUGCGGCAGUCAACUCUGGACGACUUUCAAUUUUAAGCGACGCGGAAGCAUAUCCUGUCGAAACUGGUCUUACUCGACGUGACAUUUCUCCGCGAAAUGUCAUCCCCGAGAACUAUAGGCUUCGCCUACUACCAUCCAUGGAAAAUAUUUAUUCAAUUAUUCUUGAAGAACAAGUGCACACCAUCAACGGUAUUGCGUGGAAGAAGAUAGCGUUGCAGGACGAAAAAGAAAUACGCUCCAAAGACUUGGGCAGGCCAACAGUAGACGCUUUGAAAAACAUUGCGAUGGCAUUGUCUUGCGGAGUUGUAGCCUUUGUAGGUACCAGCUCUCUGUACCAAAGUUGUAUUUCACGAAAAGAAGGCAAGUACGACCGAGACGAGGCGAAGGAUCCUACCAUCUGUGUACAGUUCCACAAAAUUUGUCGAAACGGUAACAUGAAAAAAAACGGGCAAUCACUAUCGGAGCUGGGAUUGGAGGAACGUGAUGUAAUAGGCGUCGACCAAAAUGUCCGUAUGCUUAUAUUAGCGGAUCACGUCUUGAAAUCUUCGGAUGAGUCGAUGAGCUUUGAACCGCUCCAACACUUUGUUACAGGUCGGCAGCCGUCUCGAGUUUUUACAUCUAUUUCAAUGCCACCACCCCCCAGCUUCUUGACCUUGAACAACAAACAGCAAAAGGUUGCGCACCCUCUUUCUCUCCUCACUGCAAUGGAAGUUGCCGGUCCUCCAGGUACAGGCAAAACAAAAACCAUCAUGGAGCUUGUUAGGGGCAUUCUUCACUGCACAGACUACGAUGUCAUUCUCAUGUCGGAGAGGAACGGCGCCAUUGAUGCUAUUGCCGAAAAGAUGGCUGGCGAUUGUUUAACCUUAAAUCAAUCUCAGUCGGUAAAGAGCGUUUCAAAUGUGGAGCUCUGGUCCAAGGUCCUAUCAUUUGGUUCGGUUGGAGGCAUGGGCCCAUUCUCCGCUUUAUUUACCUCCACCGCCAAAGAAUUGUACCACCCAGAGGUGCUGGAAGCCGACCGAGUCUUGAAAAAGAAAAUCAAGUUCAUGGAAAAUUACUCGAGGCGGUUGAGAGAGGCACUCAGUAGGUCGAUAUAUGAUCUCGAGGGAGAAUUAUUUGAGGAGUCGAAGCUCAGCAUGAGGGGUCGACUUAUUCAAAACAACAAGGAGAAUAAUCUAGAGAACGCCCGUGAUAUCAUAAGCUCAACCAUCAAUGCUCUGGGUGCAGUGAAACAGUUCCGAGCCGAUAGCCCAGGCAAGCAGAAUUCUGAUCUUGUUAUCCUUUCAUUGGAGCACUCUGCUAUCCUCCGAGAUCUGAUUCCCAUCAAUUGUGAGAAAGCGGAUCACCACUCUGUUCCAAAGUCAAUCACUUCCAACCCGAAAGCAAUCAACCGGGCUCUGGAAGCCAUAGAAAGACGACUUCAAGAAGUCCUUCAGAACAAGUUAUUUACUGUUGCGGCAUGCGAAGCCAUGGACUACUCGAUCCGCCUAUCGCAAAGCUCGCUUCAAGACGUUAGAUUACGCAUCAAGAUCGAUCUGCAAAAGGACGCUCGCGUUUUUUUAUCGACCAUUGGUUCCUCGCACAAAAUAAACAAGAGUGUUCUAGAAGCCCACAGAGUAGAACCAGAGAUAGUUUCCUUGGACGAAGAUGCAUUGAACGAAAUGCAGCGAAUGAAUGAACAGACAAAGCCCACCAUUGUCAUUUUUGAUGAGGCUGGUUGCAUUCCUUCGUAUGAGCUACUAGGACUUUCUCGAUUGGGACGAUCAAUUAAAUCUAUAAUCUGCGUCGGGGACAAGCAUCAGCUACCACCCUACAACCCUGGAUCAACGAAAAACGACUUUAAAAAAGGAGGUUCAUUUGGCAACGUAAGGAGGGGAAAGCCAGUACGGCAGCCAGAAAAAGUACAAAGUUUACUGGAUGCAAGUGGCUUGCGAUCAGAAAAAGUCAAAGUUGAACUCACGGAGCAAUACCGCGUUCCUCGGGAUAUUGCCGGUGUUUUGAACGCUCGUAUCUAUCGUGGAAAUUACCAGACUUCUGUUCAUUGCAACGCUCCGAUAAAAGGUUUUCGUCUCGUGAACGUUCCAAAAAGUGGCCGCGACCAACCUUACGUGAAUCAUGACGAAAUUGACGCUUGUAUUCAGCUCGUGGAAAGCUCCCUGCAGGCAGGGUUGAAACACACAAUGGUGCUGACACCGUACAAAAAACAGCAGCGGGAAAUGGAGUUCAGAUUUAAAAAGAAAGGGUGGAAUGACAUUCUUUCUGUACUGACAAUUGAUCAGUGUCAAGGCCAACAGGCUGAUAUUGUAAUACUCAGUCUGGUCCGCAAACCAACGCGAUUUCUUGACAAGAAUCGUCUCAAUGUGGCGCUGUCGCGGGCCUGUCAAAAGAUGUACUUCCUUUGCGACAAAAACCUAUUUGUUGAAGCGAGCCAGAAUCAAGCCUGGGAGUGUCACCUUUUGGCGAAGGAUCUGCUUGAUCUAGCCGGUAAUUGAGGCAAAGAAAACAAAGACC